ACCGCUCCAGUCCAGUGGGUGGCGGUAAAGCUUCACGAAACAACACUGACGGACUGGAAGAGAAAACCAGGAACUGACUUUCUGCUGUGAGCGAUGGAGGAAAAGGCUGCUAGUGAUAACCCUCAAAAAACAUUUACGUGCCAGUUGUGCAGUUUAACUAGCCCCUUUACUUACUACGGACAGAAACCGCCUAACACCAGAGCUAUCGUGCUGCUUGAGGAGUGUUUUAUCACCAAGGACCCCUUCAGUCCGGACAGGGAGAAGUUUCUAGUUUUGGGGUCCAUUUGCAGCCUUUGUGGCACUUGUGUCUGUGUUGGCUCGGACUGCAGCCUUUUCUACACCAAGAGGUUCUGCGUGCCGUGUGUGAACAAGCACUUGGACCAGUUUCCCCAUCAAAUUCAGGUCGAGCUGGCUAAGAAGAAGCAGAGUGCAAAGGCUGGAGUGUCAUGAGAUCGGGAAAGGAGUCCACAACACGUGUGUGUAAAGGUGACCGCGCUGGACCAACCAGGAAAACAGUGGUUUACACUGUGAAUCAGACUGAUCGACUUUCCUGCUGGAUGUUAUUUAUUUAUCUUAAAAGAGAUUUAUAAGGCUGACAUCUUAUUAGGUUGAUGGGCCUUCCCAGCCGGUUGCUUGUGGAGGCCAGUUCGGCAACUAUUCUGGGAAACAAUGUGAACUAUAUACACGUGCGACUCCACAAACAAGUAUAGCUACCGUGUAACUGUUUGUUUUAGUGGCAGAAUGUGGCACAGUUGCAUCAUCCCCCAUUAGUUACAUUUAGCUGUUGCGUUAAACAUUUACUCCCAUUUUAUUUUAUUUUAUUUUUUUACUUGAAGCAUACACAGGAUUGAAUCCGCAUCUCUGCUUCCAUCUGCACAAACUUGAGCAGUGUCUGUGAAGCACCAUUAAAAUAAAAACAUCCCCUUUUGCAUUGGCUGUCUGACUUUUUCACUUAUUAUUCCAGUUUACCUGUCCUGAGUCCAGCGUUCACUUCAAGGAUCGUUCCCUACAGCACCACGCACCGUUUACAGCAGCAUAAACACAUUAUGGAUUAAACAGCGAUAACAUCGAUAUAACGCACACGCUCGCUGUGUUUAUCCCUACAUGUUCAGAGGCUUCUCGAGGGCUAAUUGAAGCAGCAUGGCCUUGCAGGCAGGCCCCGGAGGGUUUUUUUCUUUUACUGGCAUAUGCUUGCAGAGGAAUGCAGAUGACACUGAGCUUAAGUUUCCCUUUGAUUAUUACAGGGUUCCUACAAAGCCCACAGAAUGCCAAUAAAGUUGAUGAUCACUAGUUAAAUAAUGACUUAUUUUUAACAAAUACAAAAUGAGAACUGUUAAGGGGGAAAUUGCUGUGAAACUGAAAGUGAUUUUUUUUUAAAGCGGUUUCUAUUUUCUGUUUAAAUUCUGAGCACGCACACGAGCAAUUACAGCCAGUGAAGCACACAAACCAGCCCUGUGGCACCAGUGGCGAAGUCUGACAGCGAUAGGCAUCGAGCCAACGAUGACGAAGCCCUUCGCUGAUGU